AUGUCCGCCCUGAACAAGCUGAAUUCACGUUCCUCCCCCCUGGGUGCUAUCAUUCAGGAGUUCCGCGUCGGCGGAAAGAACAUCGUGUUGGGUUUCCCGACCCAGGAGCACUACGAGAAGUACAACACGGCACACUAUGGCGCCACCAUCGGCCGUGUGGCCAACCGUAUCAAGAAUGGAUUGAUCCACAACUUGAACGGUCAGGAGUACCAGCUCACUCAGAACAAUGGCCCUAAUGCUCUGCAUGGUGGUGAGAAAGGUUGGGGCAAGCGCGUCUUCGACGGUCCCCACACGGUCAAGCGUCAUGGCCGGGACGCUCUGCUGUUCAAAUACCGCCACGUCGACGGCGAGGAGAAUUACCCGGGUACCGUGGAAGUGCGCGUUUGGUAUACGGCCAGCAAAGAGGGUGAUGCGAAGACCGUCUUGACGGUGGAAUACGAGGUGGAGUUUGUCGGUGAUGAGUGUGAAGAGACGGUGGUCAACAUUACCAACCACAGCUACUUCAACAUCGGUGACGGCCCCACCAUCUCCGGCACCACCGCCCAGCUUGCUACCCAGGACUAUCUGCCUCUCGAUGACACCGGCAUCCCGCUCGGCAACAUUGAUCAAUUCCCCCGCGAUGUGACCAAACCCUUUGAGCUGACCGCCACUGGUGCACACAUCGACGAUGUCUUCAUCAUGGAAACCGACCCCUCCAAGAUCCCCCUCGACACGCGCGAGCUGCCUCUGCGUCGCCUCGCGGAGUUCAGCAAUGCCAACACCGGACUGCAUCUCGAAGUACACAGCACGGAGCCCGCCUUCCAGUUCUACACUGGAAAGUAUAUUAACAUUCCCUCGAUCGACGGGGCCGCCCCGCACACUGAGGGCGCUGGAUUCUGCGUCGAGCCGAGCCGUUACGUGAAUGCGAUCAACGAGCCUGAGUGGCGGAACAUGGUGCUGUUGAAAAAGGGCCAGAUCUUUGGUUGCAAGAAUGUGUACAAGGCUUGGAAGGAGUAG